UUCAAACAUACAACACCUGGAACACCUGUUCAAUCCAUCUAAAACUUCCUGUUUCACCGGACAAUGUCUGAUAAUCCACCCCUUGAGGAGAGAAAUAUAUCAUUGCCCCAGUCGACUACUGAAAUAGUCCCAGAAAUCGACGACGGACAUGACUCUAAAAGAGUUAAACGCGAGAGUCCUCAACCAGGGGAAACCCUGAAGAUAGUCACCUUACCCGUGGCGGUGGAGACUGCGGCAGUGCCAGUGUUUAGUUCCAAAGAUCCGGAUACGCCCGCUGUCUCUGUGCCUCCAUCAACUACUGAACCAACUAUAACGACGGAACUGACCUCAUCGACUCAGCAGGAGGUGGAAAACAACCAAGAGAAUCCAGCCGUAGAGCCCUCGGAAACCACUGCACCCGUUGAAGUAGUAGCCGCUGAAAAUGGUGAUUCUCCGAAGCAAGAAAAGACUAUCAGCGAAGAAACUCCAUUAGCUGGUGCUGAAGAGCCGGCCAAAGAUGCUGCUGAAACAAGCACGACAGUAGUGGCACAAGAAGAUGAGUUCGACGUGUCUCGAUUGAAGCCCUUAAAGACCAAAGACCAAAUAAUUGAACUCAUCAAGUGUUUCUUCCCUAAUCGCAGACAUUUGGGGUCGCUUGUUUAUAACCCAACCACUACUUGGCUCACAUUACAAACAUCUCAACUCACGGGCUUAAAAGACGAACAUUUUGAGAAAUUUGAGGACCUUAGAGAAUCUUACCGAGAGAAGUUGAAGGAUGAGCACUACGCCAACUCGAUAAAGUAUAUACCAAUGAUUCCCCCCUUGCCCAUGGACUACAUCAACUAUCUUCUUGAAGUAAAAAUUCCUUCUAGAUUUGUCAAAAGCUUCGUCCAAGGAUUGGAAACGGGUGAUGUUGCGAACAAAAGAGAGAUAUGGGGUGGCAAGCAUGGAAUCUACACCGAUGACUCCAAUAUCCUCACUAUGUUAGCCCAUUUGGGGUUCUUUGAAGAAAACGGGAAGUUGGACUUGACGGGCUGGAACCCAAAAUGGAGUCCUCUGGACGUGAUUUUCCCCAGGAUCAACCAAGAAAACCACAUAAAGGGAGACUUGUCAGUAACCUUAAUGCUAUUACCGACACUUUCUGAAUACAAAUCGGUCUACGCCCAUGGAAUCAACACUCGGACCUGGAACAAACUCAACAAGCACAGCGGGCUCUCAAUGGCCGUGUACAACAUAAAAUGGGAAAUUGAUGGUAGCUACUUACGAGAUAAAUCUUUCUUCAAACGGUACCAAACCGAAGUUGCCUACGACUUGAAGUACUUGAAACAACUGGAAGAAGCCGGUGAUGGCUGGACUUUUGAUGUCAAAUAUUAUCACCAAUUAAAGGAAAAGUACAAGAACAUGGAGACUGAGAAGAAUACCGACACCAAAGUGCCCGAGCCAGUCACAGAAUAAAAAAGCAUGGUUGUAAUAUAUAAUGAACGUAAUUG